AUGUCUCUGCCCAAGCAGAUCAAAAUGGUCGCUCUGCCUCCAGGAGCUGUGGUAUGGACGGGUCUGGAAGACUUCCAUGACCAGUCCCAGGGCCCAUCAGUAGCUCCAAGUGAGCCUCAGGGUAACCUGCUGAAGCCACAGCCCCAGGGCCACAGCAAGGCCCCUAGCUCAGUGAUAGCACCAGUCUUGCCUCCAGUUGCAAUUGCAUCAUCAAGUGUGGCAGUGCUGCAUGCACCAAUGGAUCUACCAAUGCCAGAUCUUCACUUGAUGGUGAUGGCAAUCUGGGACAGUGCAAAUCACAUUGCUGCUCUCAAGACUUGGGUUGUCAAUCAGUGUUACGCUGAUGUAAGUCAGGGUCCAGGGUCUAGGUGUAUGCAUGUUAAGGGUCUGUGA